UUUUGAGCUGGUGCAGUGUAAGACAGUGACUGGAGCGGUGGGGUGUGCAGAAAAAGGGGGACUGCUUUUUAAAAAAAAGGGAAAAAAAAAAGCAAAAAGAAUGAGCUAUGAUCCAUAUGGCACCCGCAGGCCCUGGGAGGACUACAGGGCCAUCCGGACAUCCAAACCGACAUCAGUGUACUCAGUCCAUCGAUCUGUACCCUCUGUUAAGAGGACAAUUAGGACCACUUCCCUGUCUUCCCUCCCGGAUUAUGCUGAGAAAGUAGAUUUAUCCCAGGUGAGCACACUCAACUCAGAGCUGCUUAACCUUAGGGCUAAAGAAAAGGAGCAACUUGUGGAUCUCAAUGACCGCUUUGCCACCUACAUUGAGAAAGUUCAUCACUUGGAACAGCAAAACAAAGUGCUCCUUGUUGAACUGGAAGCCCUUCGUCAGCGACAGAAUGAUCCAUCCAGGCUUCACCUCAUCUAUGAACAGGAGAUCCGAAACCUCAGAGCUCUGCUUGAUUCUGAGACAAAUGAAAAAAUGCGAAUGGAAGCUGAGAGGGAUCACUUGCGAGACGUUUUUGCUCAAAUGAAAGACAAGUAUGAGGAAGAGGUCCACCUCCGAAUGGAUGCUGAAGAAACCUUGCAGAAGAUCCGGGAAGAAGCAGACAAAGCUGUGCUAGCCAACAGUGACAUUGACGGUAGCAUCAACUCUCUGGUGGAAGAGAUCGCAUUCCUCAAGAAGGUCUACAAUGAGGAAAGCAAUGAGUUGUCAGCACAAAUUCAAGCUGCCAAUAUUACUGUUGACAUGGAAGUGGCCAAGCCUGACCUCUCCCUGGCUCUAAAGGAAAUCCGCUGCCAGUAUGAGAAACUGGCCAACAAAAACAUGCAAGCAGCUGAAGACUGGUACCGGACCAAGUUUGCUACAGUAGCUGAAAUUGCCAGUAAGAACAAUGAAGCCGUCCGGUCCAUUAGAGAGGAAACAUCGGAGUACAGACGGCUAUUGCAGUCCCGGUCUUCAGAAAUUGAAGCCCUCAGAAAUGUUAUAGACUCCCUGAACAAGCAGCUGGAGAGUCUAGAGGAUAAACAGUCCAGAGAAGUAGCAAAAUAUCAGGAAAGAAUUAAUGAGUUAGAGAAAGAUAUCAAUGAUGCGAAACAGGAGAUGGCCCGUUACCUGCGAGAGUAUCAGGACUUACUGAAUGUGAAGAUGGCACUGGACAUCGAAAUAGCUGCAUAUAGGAAACUUCUGGAAGGCGAAGAGAUCAGGCUGAGUUUUUCUUCAUUGCCAGCUCUCACUUAAGCAGUAACCAACACAAAAGUCAGUUGUGCCCUUGUUAAACUACUCAACAAGAGGUCCAUUACAAAGUCCCCCUUCUUCUCCACACAAACUUUGAAGGCUAAGAGGAAACUGGGACAAGAGAGAUUUUCAAUACCUCCAUUAAGGGAUAGGAAUUUCAUUUAACAUGGGGCACAAUAUUCGUUUGCUUUCAUUUGGCACUUGAACCUCAUGAU